AUGCAUUGGACUCUUGAGCCGGACCCACCCUGGAAGACGAUGGAUGACACGACCAUUCCAGUGUCCCCGUCACUACGAAUUGAUGCUACCAAUGUUGAGCACCCAAUGGAUUCUAGAUCAGAACUUGACUCCCACGCCAAUAUGAUUGUUGUUGGAUCCAAUUGUUUUGUUCUGAGUGAUACUGGAAGGACUGCUUCGGUCAAUCCCUACAAUCCUGAAUAUGCUGCAAAGAGUAUCCCAAUCGUUGAUGCUUCCCUACUGUAUGAGGAUCAAGUCACUGGGCAGGAAUAUAUACUUGUGAUCCGAAAUGCUCUACAUGUACCUUCUAUGACCCACAACCUGAUUCCUCCAUUUAUUCUGCGAGAAAACGGAAUCCAAGUGAACGAUACGCCAAAGAUCCAUUUGGCCGAUCCCUCUUCUGAUGAUCAUGCAAUCAAGUUUGAUGAGCAUCUACGCAUCCCAAUGAAGCUGCAUGGUACCUUCUCCUACUUUGUCACGAGAAAACCUACGGUUGAACAGCUCAAUGAUGUUGAUCCUAAUCACGUCUACAUGAUGACACCAGAGGAGUUCGAUCCACACAAAUCUUCCUAUGCGCAGACUGAAGAUCAUCUUGUCAAUUAUGAUGGCGAAGUCGCUGAUGCUCGGAACCGUUCCAAGCUUUUGAUUUCAGAUAUUGAAGAUGAUCCCACGAUGACUGUGUGUGCAAUGUCGAAUAUGAGAAUGGAAGAACAGACUCUUGUUGAUAAGUCCGUUCUAGAGGAGGAUGAUGCUGAUGAAGGCCUAUUGGGAUAA